AUGUCCGAGUUCAAAGGCGAUGACUUUUCCAAUAACCUAUUCAGCGACCUUGCACCGCUGCUCACUCUAUUCGGUGAGCAGGUCACAAAACAAUUCCUUAGCAUGAGUAUGGGAUGGGCUGAUAAUAUCCUACUUGCUAUGGGACCCCUGGGUGUUAUCACGAUUGUUGUCAGUGCCAUUAGAGUCGGGGGAGACAAGAGGCUAAGAGCGCUGAUAGGGAGGGCACGGGAGAGCCAAUCAGUUGCAGAACAGGAACUACUUUCAUCUACUUCCGAAAACGUAUGUGAGAUGUGGAAUGGACAACAGAUUGUUCGAUUGAUUGGAGACUCUGAGGAACUCAAAACACUGAUCGCAACAAAGGACGGAGCAGUGUACGAUAUCCAAACAGCAAUGGAAAAUGAGCUCCUAAUGUUCAACAAGGACUGCCACUUAGAUGCUGAGGAGCUGCGAGUCCUUUCCAAUGCAGCCCCAAAUCUGGCUCUGAACGUACCUAAUGCUACAGCACAUCUAUAUGAGCUGUGGGGUUGGGCAGCACUCAGUGUUUUACUCCAGCUUUUUGCUCUCGUGUUCCCGGCGCUUGCGACAUUUUUCUGGCAGUGGGAAAACGGCGGCAGUACUGUUCAAUCAUAUGGAUACCCGUGUUUCUCGGUUGGCACAGUAUGCUUGAUAAUGGGGAUAAUGAUGUGCGGGCAUGUCAUUGAGGGUGUAACAGAAGAGAUUGAGCUUGAAGUCUCAAACGACAACGCUGGAAAGGAUGCAAUGAUAUUCUGCUACCAGCGCGGCCGAACUGUCGGAGAACAACACUUUCCAUCCUGCGCCAUCUUCAACUCCGAGAGUGUUAUCAAGAUCUCUCGCAUCGGGCAUAAUACGAAGGAUUACGUACUUCUGACUUACUGCUCGUCUUUAUUAGCAGUCACAGGAUACAUCAUCCAGUUCGUUGGUUUUCGUGCCCUGCAUUGGUCCGCCACGGUCGUACAGCUCGGAGUAACCCUCAUAAUCACCGCGAUUAGAGCAUGGGUAAGACGAGGUCUUGCGGGUGAUCCCAUUGUGGUGUUGUCUCCGACAUUGCCGGACAGUCAUGGCCUCGCCUGGCUAACUCUCUUGCUGAUAGGCAAGGGACAGGAUAAGAACAAUUCACCAUCCGAAGAAGGUUCUGGAAACGUUUGGGAACUUGUUUCUUCUGCUAUCGAUACGAGGUCGCCGAAUAUCGCGUCAGGACUCACACUGAAGCCUUACGUACCGAUAUGCGAGCGUCUCAGUGCAACCUUAACAGGUGAAACAUCUGGACGUUCACAUACAAGGUUUUCAAGAGAUCAUGAAGCGAUCAGGUCCUUCGUGACUAUGAGAAAGGAAUUGCCAUCCACUAUGGUGUCAACAGACGUAUCUUCUGUCUCAAAAACUCUGGGAGAUCUUAUCGAAAACGUUAUGAAUUUUCUAAGCAACACCGCAACAGUCAGCUGGAAGAAUCUCAGUGAGGAUGGCGACCUCGAUGUCUCAGCAGCAAACACUCCCAUGAUUCUCACAUGGAGUUUCAACGUGGCUUCGGCUCGAUAUUCCGCCGAAGGUCUGACAGAUUUGUUGGCUAAACCUCUUCAGUUCUAUCUCGGAAGCCGAGCUAAGUCCAGAAGAGAUUUAAUCGGGCCUGAAACACCACCACAUUGGCAGCUAGUCAACGCUGAGUAUCUCGAAGCCAUCUUACCAGAAAGUCGCAUGUUCCUUGGCGUGUAG